UGGUUCUGUCCAAAUGUAAUUCCGUCAGGGGGCUUUUGAGCUCUCCCACUUCCUGACUGCUUGUGGCAGUCUCCCCAGGAGCCCCAGAAGAGCUGAACCUUCUUUAGUUUGACAGAAAUGUUGUGCCUAGCAAGGCUCUUUCUCAGUGUAGAGAGCAGCAGGAGGCCUGCUUCCAUUUCCCCCUUUCUCUCUUUUCUUUCUCCUUUCUCCCUCAGUUCCAGAUCAAAUUGGCUCCUUCAGCCCUGUGGAAAACAAAUCAAGCCUGCAGCCAGCCCUGGAGUGCCAGGGCCUGUUCUCCAGCUCAGGGCUGGGGAGCAGAUGUGGCCCUGGGAGGGCUGCUUUUUUUGGUUUUGUUUGUUUUCCUCUCUCACGCAGCCACCAGGCAGCAAGGCUUUCUCCCGCCCUGGGCGGCCCCAUCCACCUGAGGCAGCGGCGGGCUGCCUCUGAGGGCUCUGCACUGACAUUUGAGCGGGGACUACUUGCUUUCACUUUCCCUCCUCCUGGGUUUGGAUUUGGGGAACUUCAGCGCGCCCCGCCCUUCUGGGAGCUGGCCAGGUUGUGUCCAGAACUGGGAACCACCACCUUCGAUCCAGGACUCUGAGCAAGGCUGUGGCGGCAUCGGGUGCAGGAGGACUAAACACAAACAUUUGGUAUAAUUGGAAACCAUCAAAAUGUCAGGUAUAGUCCCCACAACACCUGGGCACCCUAUAAAUGCAAUGGCAAAUCAAAUAAAAUCUACAUACACAGAGCCUGAAGCCCCUCCUGACUACAUUUCUCAUUACCUACCAGGCCCCACUGGACCAGCUGUCCAUCUUCCUACAGGCAUACCUAUGGGGUGCUACAGUCAACAGCAUUCAGGUGCAGUUCCCUUGAACCUACCAGCUGGAGGUUCUCAUCCUAUCCACUAUCAGCCUGGCAAGUAUCCUGCGCUGCAUCAACCUGUUCCAGUAAUGUGGAUGCCAGGGCCACUUCCCAUGCUAAACUGCCCUGCCGGCCUGGAAGGCUUAGCUCAGUUGGACAAUAUACAUGUUCUUCAGCAUUUUGAGCCUCUGGAAUUGUUGACACAUUUUGAAACUAAUAAUAGAUAUGACAUCAAAAACAACCUCGACCAGAUGAUUUACACUGUGACCGAAGACACAGACAACUUCACCAGGAAUAGCUAUCGCAGUCUGAGACCCUUCGUGCUUCGUGUCACUGACUACCUGGGCCGAGAGGUCAUGACCAUGCAGAGGCCUUUCCGAUACUCCUGCUGCUGCUGUUGCUGCCCAUCCGCCAGGCAAGAGUGUUUUGAUCAUGAAGUGGUGCUGUAUUUUGUCAAAGGCCUUCUCUGCAUAAAGCUGGAAGUGCAGUGUCCUCCUGGUGUCACCAUUGGGUUUGUUUCAGAACACUGGAAUCUGUGCAGGGCAGUUUACAGCAUCCAAAAUGAGAAGAAAGAGGAUGUGUUGAGGGUGCUUGGACCAUGUGCAACCUAUGGCUGUGGAUCAGACUCUGUUUUUGAGGUCAAAUCCCUAGAUGGGGCUUUCACCAUUGGCAGUAUAAUCAGGAAAUGGAAUGGCUUAUUAUCAACAAUGGCAAAUGCUGACCACUUUGAGAUUCACUUCCCUUUGGACCUAGAUGUGAAGAUGAAAGCCACAAUUUUUGGAGCUUGCUUUCUCAUUGAUUUCAUGUAUUUUGAAAGAUCUACUUCACAGCAUUCACACUCCAGAUAGAGUCAACAAAGCAACAAAAUGAGCAAAAUUUUCAUUGGGCCUACAGUCACCCCACCUCCCAAUUAUUUGCGAGUGUAUGUCUUUGGUUUACAUAUUGUUUUUACUGUGUUGGUCUAAGAGCCACACUGAUGGUGUGAGUGCAAAAAGAAAAAUUAUAACAUGUUCUCCAAUUGAAUAACUGGCUACAUGGUAGGCAAGAAGUUUAUUCUGAAAGCUGUAGCCCCUUAACCUAGCAGAGAAUCACAUAGCAAAUGUUAAAGCACUACAAGUAUGAAAUAGGGGAAAUGAGCCCCUGGGUUCUCCCACAGAUAGUGAAAUGAUGAAUAUACUAACAUGCUUGUAUAUAUAAUCUCCCCUUUGUCAAGAAGGCAAACUUGACUUCAGGUGAGAGGAAUGUCAUUCUUCAUCUUUGGGAACAUAAAAGUAGAGAGAGAGAAAGAAAUAAUGUUUUUUUUUUAAUUGUAGAGGGAAAAUGCUAGGUGCACACAUGUAUCAAAUACAUCAUUCUGAAAAGUUUAUAAAAGUUCACAAUGUUCAAUGGGAGCUUUGAUUUCAUUAAAAAUAAAUAUUUCUAUUAUAUCAUGCACUUCACAUUUCAAAGCCUAUUUCCUCAUUCUAUGACCUGGACAGUUUGGAUCUACAUGUAUGUGAGGGCAUAAUGAGACUACCAGGGGAAGAUCCAACCAGGGCCACAGCUAAACAAGAUCUCACAUCUGAGGGCAUCAGUGCCUAUGUAGAAACCUUGUCCAUUUACACAUAAUAUACUCAACACAUUUAAUGCCUAGUCUGUCUUGGUCAUAUAUUCCUCACAUAUAUGUUUAGCCAAACCUGUAAUAUUGCAAAGUGCAUCUUUUUAUUUCAGAGAGAGAGAAGAGAAAGAUAGAGAGAGAGGAUUGGCAUGCCAAGCCUCAGCCACUGCAAUUGAACUCCAGACAAUUGUGCCACCUAGUUGGCAUGUGCAACCUUGCACUUGCCUCACUUUUGUGCUUUUGUGGGAUCUGGAGAGUCAAACAUGGGUCCUUAGGCUUGGCAGGCAAGCGCCUUAACCAUUAAUCCAUGUCUCCAGCCCAUGUAUUGGGUGGCUUUCUGCCAUGUAACAUUUCUUCCUCCCUCCCUCCCUCCCUUCCUUCCUUCCUUCCUUCCUUCCUUCCUUCCUUCCUUCCUUCCUUCCUUCCUUCCUUCCUUCUUCCCUCCCUCCCUCGCUCGC